AUGGAAGCCGCUACCCAAAAUCCACAUCGCUCUACCUGGAGCAAGGAAUGGCGUGACGUGCGCAUCGCCGCUGGAACUCGAAUCGUGGCUAGAGGAUCUAGGAUGGGAUGUACACUUGAAUUUGUCGAGAUUUUCGAACAGUAUAGGAGGAAGGGUAAGGCACGGGUAUAUGGUAUGCUGCAGGGAAGGCAAGCGACUGCGGUGGUGUUAUAUUUCGAAGAUGGGGCAUUAUGGUCGGAGGUCGACGCAAAGUUGAAGGGUAUUAUACCGGAGUGCUAUAACACCUACUUAAAACUGUGCUACAGCUUACAACGUCCAUCCUCCCGUGUUGCCGUAGGCGAUUGUCGGUAUGACUAG